GAGAGAGAGAGAGAGAGAGAGAGAGAGAGAGAGAGAGAGAGAGAGACACUGAAAGGGGAGAGGGAAGUAAAAGCCACUCGCAGCAUCUCUUUCCCACUGCGCCAGCAGUCCAGGGCUGCUUAUCACCUCUGCGCCGCUGCUUCUUUGUGCUUUUGUUUUUGUUAACGGUUUUCUUGUUAAUCUUUGUUUUCCUGUUUACUCCGUUCUGAUCAUUUUGAAUUUUUCUGCUUAAUCUUUUCCGUAAUUGCUGAAUUGAAUCUUUGGGCACAUACAAGGAAAGGACUGUGUUAGAUAGCUGGAACCGCUCACUGAAGACUAUGACAGCAGGACCAUGCAGACUCUUUACCUGUAUCUCCGACAGAUUGUUCUUUUUCUUCUUCCAGUGUCAUCAUGUGUUGCUUAAUGAAGUUCUGCUGACAGGAAAAAAGGAUGUAAAUCAGUAGGAAAACUGUCGGAUUUGGACUUCAGAAAAACUGACAAGUGACUGAAUUGAGGCAUACGUUUGUAAUGAGGUUUGCACAUUGAAAACAGUAUAAAAGGAUAUGCAGAGAUUUCGGGCACCUGCAAGCGAACCUGUUUGUUUGGUGAAAUACUGUAUGGAUGCAUAUGUAAUGGCUAGUUAUCAAAACGUAUCAAUUUUUCAGGAUACCUGAAGAGACGAUUAUACCUUAUGAGAGGUAUUUUUUGAAAUGAUGACCUUCUGUUGAAACGAUGACCUAAUGUUAUUCAUUUGUCACAUUCAAAAUGUCCGAUCCUGCAGAAAAUAAACGAAUCGGGAGAAAACAGAGUAAAGACAGUCUCCAUAGCAGUUCUGUUCUGAAAUUUUGACCAUUUCCAUUUUGCUCAAGCUGUGGACAAAAUAUCUAGUCUAAUAUUCCUUGCUGAUAAAAGUGCAUGGGAAGCUGAUCUCUAAUUGUGAUGCUCUUGACCUGAGACACUUUGGUCUUAUGUGGACCAUCAAGAAAAUCAGUAGUCAUUGAUGUUGCAGCUUGUCAGGAAAGCUCUGUCCUCUGUGGUAAAUGGUUCCAGUAAUCAGCACUGUCACGAUGCUCUUUUCUAAUGCCUACCAUCGUCAUUGCCAGUAGUCUUUUGUUUGUUUGAAACUUUUUCACGGAUGACUAAAUGGGAAAGAAACCUGGACUUUUAUACUCUUUUGCCAGAUAUCUUAAUUUUUGCCUGUGCUUAUUUCUAUGAAACCCAGCUAUGUGCGAAUCAAAGGUGAAAAAGAAAAUUAGAUAGAGUUGUGUUUGCUGAAGGACAUUACAGACAACGGGUAAACUGACUUUUGGGUGCAGUUUGUCUACAUCGUGUGAAGAACCAAGGAAAUUGGAACUACAUGAAUUGACUGCACCAAGACAAUGAACCAGUCAGGAUUGAUUGAGCCUGUCCCAAGUGGAAAUGGUAGCUUUGGAAAUACCGUGAGUAUGUCCCCGAACCACUCAUGUCCUCUGAGCUGGGGACAAAAUGAGGGCAUGGCAACUUGCAUCUUAGAGACAAUUCUCAUUGUGCUGCUGACCGUGCUCAUUAUUGCUGGGAAUUUGACGGUUAUUUUUGUGUUUCAUUGUGCCCCUUUGCUGCACCACUACACCACCAGCUACUUUAUCCAGACUAUGGCCUAUGCAGACCUUCUGGUGGGACUGAGUUGCCUGGUGCCCACUUUCUCUUUACUGCACUACCCAGCCGGUGUCCAAGAGCCACUCACAUGCCAGGUGUUUAGCUAUGUCAUCUCGGUGUUGAAGAGUGUUUCCAUGGCUUGCCUGGCCUGCAUAAGUGUGGAUCGCUACCUGGCCAUUACUAAGCCCCUCUCAUACAACCAGCUGGUGACACCAUGCCGUUUGCGCUGCUGCAUCAUCCUGAUAUGGAUCUACUCUUGCAUUGUGUUCCUGCCAUCAUUCUUCGGUUGGGGGAAGCCUGGAUACCAUGGGGACAUCUUUGAGUGGUGUGCUCAUUUCUGGCCGACUUCUGCCCUGUUUACUGGCUUUGUCGUGUGCCUGCUGUACGCUCCAGCGGCCCUUGUGGUCUGCUUCACCUACUUUCACAUCUUCCGCAUUUGUCAGCAACAUAAUCGGGAGAUCAGUGAGAGAAGGGCUCGUUUUCCCAGCAAUGAGAUGGAGGCUAGUGAGGGGGGGCACCAUACAGGUCAUGGCCCUGACAGACGCUACGCCAUGGUGCUCUUUCGCAUCACAAGUGUCUUCUACAUGCUUUGGCUUCCCUACAUCAUUUAUUUUCUCCUGGAGAGCUCCCACAUCUUGGACAGCCCUGCGGUGUCUUUCAUCACCACCUGGUUAGCGAUCAGCAAUAGCUUCUGCAACUGCGUCAUCUACAGUCUGUCCAACAGCGUGUUCCGGCUCGGCAUGCGUAGGCUCUCGCAGACGCUCUGUUCCUCCUGCUCUUUCAGCCCUUGUGCCCAAGAUGACAAGGAUUUCAGAGAGCCAAAGCCUAGGAAAAGAGCCAACUCGUGUUCAAUCUGAAGAAGUUAUCUUGAGCUGCUAAUUAUUAUUUCGACUUGGAAGUUUUUGGAUUCGUGCAAUUAAUAUACUAACUUGAACAUUAGUUUAUCAUUACUGAAAGGUUCACCUUGUUGGGUUACACCAGAUCUUAUCUGAACCACACACAGUUAAACCUCCUGUCCUGUAAAUAAAAGUGGCAUCUGCCUUGGUAGUGCAUAUAUCACCAAAUGGUUGGUGGGUACAAACAUAACCUGGUUGGAUUUGUUUUUUUGUUUUUUUUUAAACAAAAUAUGCAAAGCCAGAUUGUAAUGCACCACACACGCUACCAUUUCCAAAAAAAAAAAAAAAAAGGUGAACUGGUAUGAAACUAUUGUUACUGACGUCUCUUUGUGGAUGCUAUACUGAUAUAGGUUCUAGAUUUUUAGAUUUUUUGAUGAAUAUAUUUUUUACAUUCAGCUACAUCUGCUACCAAAAUGGCUGCUAUAUCAAGAGGACAUUGCUUAAAGACAAUGUCCACAUGAGCAUUUCAGUAAAUAUUAAAGAGGACACAAAUCAUUUGAAGCAUGUCGACACAAUCACAGCAAAGCUUGGCAUAUGGACCUUUGUUAGUGUUCUUAUUAUAGCACAGCAUACCUCCAAUUGAGAUGGGUGCAAAUACCUUGACAGCAAAGACUAAUAUAAGGCUUGGAAUUGUUUCCUUUUUUUUUUUUUAAUUUUAUUUAAUUUUAUUAUUAUUUUUCCCUGCAAGGUCAAACGAAAGGUUAAAGGAUUCAAUCCAAGUCACUGAUGUGCAUUCCAGAUGUCAUUUAAUCUUUAUUAUUUUUUUUUUUUAAAGAGAAGCUGAAUUUUUACAUACGCAUUCUCAAUGCCGUUAGCAGUCGUGAAAUGUACCUUAGUUCCCAGUGGUAUUACACCUUGGCAGUAUGUAAUUAAACUUGUUCACCUGCAGUGGCUCUGUGACCCUCUAAAAACCACACAACACAGCAAACUCAACAUCUUUUCUGUUUAAUCAGCAUAAGGUUCAGUUGGAGUGCACAUUUCCUCGUAUGCAAGCAAGUCAUUUUGUUUGCACCUGUGAUUGUUCAGUUUUCAGUGUCUGUUCCUCAGAUAUAUGAAGUCAUUUUGUUUGAAAUAAAUUACUUUUCUACAGUAGGACUUUUUUUUUAUUUUUUUUUUUAUUUUUUUAUACAUGUUUGUUUUAGCAAGCAUAACCUCGCCUGUCCUUGGACGACUUUUAUACGGUAAUAGAUUUACUUUAAAUUAUACUGAGCGAGUAAAAGAAAUCAGAAAUAUGACCCAUCAACAAAUAUAGUUUAAUCACACAACGCAAUUCAAAUAAUUUCUUCUGUUUAUUUGUUCAUUUAAUUGCUUUCAGGUGUUUUGCUUCAUUGUUGUAGUCUGCAAAAAAAAAAAGAAUUAACAAUUUAAUUUUUAAAAUAUUAAUUCACCAUUUUCACCAGCAUCCGUUUUCACGAUUUAUUUAUAUUUUUUUUAGUACACAACAUGCGUGUAAAGUGAAGUCAGAGAACGAUUCUCUGUUCAAGAAUUUGUUGAGAUUUUAAGACGUCCUUUCUCGAUUUAAGGAAAACAACACGUUGAUGGCAUUUAAAAGGUUUAUUCUAAUUCAGAAAGAAGGAACAAUCUCUGAAACAUGCUGGUGGGUUUGUAUUUAUUAAAGUGAUCUUGACAAUUACAUGGAAAAACUGUUGCUGAAUUCUCGUCAGUUUUCACUCGUCCUUAAUAUGUAGGCGAAUCUCUCAAGUUAUUCGGUCAUCAACCACUUUUUUAUCACCGAGAACGACUAGCCUAGAUGAUGUCUACACAAAAAGAGACAAUCGAGGACAUCACUACAUUGGUGUGCUUUUUAAAAAUUCAAUAUUUUAAACAAUAAAUGAUUUAUCUAUCUGUUUUUGUUUGUUUAUUUAUUUAUUUAUCUUGCAACAUCCACAUGGAUUUGAUAGCUGGUAUAUUGGAGUUUAUAUGUGUAGCAGUAUUAGUAUUGCUGUACAGCCAGUGUGUGUUACCUUCUAAAAUUGUAAGAUUAUCUAGCGAUGACACUUUCCCUAGUGUAGGCUUUGCUGGUGUUCAUUGAACUUUUUUCUGAUUUUUUUUUUUUUUUUUAAUAUAUUUAAUUUUUUUAAUUAUACAGUCUAUAUUUUUUUAUUUUGGAAGUUUUGUGAGAAACUAUGGUUUUCUGUUGCUGCCAGUACAAUAAAAGUGAACAGAUAAUACUUUCCCUACUGUGACUGGACGUUAUUUCUUUAAAAUUCUGCACUGUGAAGACUUUCUGACCUCUGUGAUCUUCCUCUUUAUUUCUCUGUCCACUAAAUGAAUGUGAAUAAUAGUUGAAUAACAUUAUCAUAAUUAUACUUGCCAUGAGAUAAUAACUUGGCAUUGUGAAAAUCUUAAUUAAGCCUGAGACCCUGUGGUAAGGAUUUUUUUUCCAAGCUUUUAAACCCCACAAUACAGAUUGUGCUUAUUGUUUGAACCACCUCAUGCUUCUUUUUCUUUCUUUCUUUCUUUUUUUUUUUUAGUUGUGCAUCACGCUUUUGUGCUGACGCUGGUCAGAUUUGGCACGUACGGUGCAUGACUUUGAUCGUCUGAUCCCAGAUCAGCUUUUCUGCUCUGCUGUCCUUACUAGCUCCUGCAAAGGUUAAGGCUUCCCAUCAAAAAGGAAAUUAGAGCUGUGCCGUUAGAGUUUGGAGGGGAGAGGAAAUUAAAUGACCUUUUUUUUGAAGUCUAAUGAGCACAUCAAAUGUUUCCAUGAUCCUGGGAGUCUUUUGGACCUCAGGACCCACAUGAAUAAAGCAUGAGCGUUCUCAGUGGCCACUCACUGUAUGUUUGAGGCCGUGCACUGCUUCAGGGAACGUUUGACCUUACUGAGCUUACACUUGUGAAAUGACUUUAAAACUGCGUUCUCCAGAAAUUGUUCCCGAAGGAAUUGUGUUUCAGCAGUCACUCUGUAACAGCUUCGUGACUGGUAAUCAUCUUGAAGUGUCCUGCUAUCUGUGUGUAGAGCCACUUAGCAGGCGUAGUGGAGUAAAGUGGUCUAGAUCGAGCUCCUGAAGGCCUGCUGUCCUUGAUGUGUUAAAGUAUGUCUCAUCGCAGGCACAGGCACCAGAUCUGUCAUUAAAGAUGUGCUCUUUGCAUCAGAGGAAAACAUAAAAAUCUAGGUGUUAAAUUUACAGAGGAACUCUUAGACAAUAGUUGUUUGUCCUCAGAGUAAAUUAGAAGCUUGAUGAGUAUAAAUAUUCACAGGAGAAAUACAUGCAAUUUCACUAUUACAUGAAAAGAGAAGUGAACAGGAACCAAGCUAUAUGCAAAGAGCAAUCCCACUGCUGUAUUAUAAUAAUAAUGAUAAUAAUAACAAUGUAGAUAUGGCACAUUCCAAUUUUUAUUAUAACCCAAUACACCCAUGUUUUAUAUGAAUAUUGGUUUUGUUUUCUUUUUUACGACAUCAAACUCUUUUCUGCCUAAAGGUUGCUAGUAGUUUGUUGCUGUUCUUUGCUCCAGAGUUGGUAUAUUGCCUCUUGCCUUGACUCGACUCUGGCUGACAAGACCGUGACAAUCCUUUGGUUAAAAAGGCGACAUCGCUUCAGUCUGGUUUACUGGCUUUGACAUUCGCUUUGUCAGGAGCUCAGCACGGCUACUCUCUGUGGGAAGCUGUCACUGCUGCAGCACUCCGUACCUCGAUUCAAAACAGAAAAGAAAGUCUGAUGUCAGAAAUGGGUGUGGACGAGUUGAGCUGAGGAUGCCUUGCCAUGUUACACUUCUACUGGGGCCUUCGAAGUAUUUUUAGACCCCACUCUGUCCAUGUCAUUGCUCAGACAUUUAUUGCUUUUCCUUAGAAGGCCACAUUGUUGUGUUUAUGUAACUUUCCACUGUAUGUGCCGGUUUAAUGGGGCAUAGAUUCCAUAUGGCACCUGAUUAGUUAUUAACAAUAUUAAUGCAGUUUCAUGGGGUGAAAGUCAGAGUGUACUAUACUUCUUUGCGCAGUCAAAUUCAGAAUUAUUUACCCCUUUUAUUCAAAUCGGCAUGAGCUUAAAUAUGUGGGGCAGAUGUAUAGAUUUAUUUUAAGACCAUAUUUAUUUCAGACACAUUGUUCUGCAUCACGCGGGUCUGGAAAAAAAAAAAAAAAAAAGUCAGCACUUGACGGAUCUUAGAUUCUCCUUCAGGCAGUAUUCGAGACUAUAGAAUGAACCAAUAAUGCAUGUUAGUCAAAUAUGUUUAUUAUUAUUAUUGUUGUUGUUGUUGUUAUUAAUUAUUAUUAUUAUUACAUUGUAUGUAUUGAUUUUUUUAAAGAGGUGAUUUUUUUUAAGAGAGGAUUUUUUAACUCAUUUUUACUUUCUUCUGGACUCAAGUGGUCAAAUAUGAAGCUUGCACAAUCAUUAGUACAAAUGUACAUCUUUAAUGUACGUACUCGUCCUUAGUAAAUCAUUGGUUAGGGUUUAUAUUGUGAUGCAGGUGGGCAAAAAAUCAUCCUACACACAUCUCACAUGACUCAUGUUUUAUUGAAACAAUUGCAUUUAAAAAUGUCUGUUUUAGUCCACAGACAAUGGUUUAAAUCUGGAUAGAGAUACAAGCAAUUUAUGAACU